AUGAGGGAGAGGCUUGAAGACUUCCUCCAGAGAUAUGGAUUGUCCCCCAGGAAAGGCUUUCUCCCGGAUGACGACCCUCUGAGACGCCUGGGGGAUCCCUACUAUAACCCCUGGGAGGACCUGGUAGCGGACCUUCCCCGACACAUUUCGGAUGAACGAGCCAGGCGGAAGAUCGAUAUGCUUUCCGUCCUCGAUCCAGCUCGAUUGAUUUCUGAAGCGGAGUGGCGGAGGGCAUAUGUGAUCCUGGGAUUCUUGACUCACGCAUAUAUCUGGGAAGGAGAGGAACCAUCAGAACGACUCCCACCGCAACUCACAUGCCCAUUCCUCGCCGUGUCGGAACACCUCGGCCUGCCUCCGACCGCGACGUUUUCAACGCUCAGCCUCUGGAAUUUCCGAAUGGAAUCGCCCAACAAAGAUCCAACCAAGCCGGAGAACCUCAAAUCGCUCCUGUCCUUCACCAGCACCAGAGACGAAGAAUGGUUUUACAUGAUCUCCACCGCCAUCGAGGCCAUGGGCGCUCCUCUGAUAUUGACGAUGCUUCGAUGUGUGGAGGCUGUGGAAGCCAACAACAACUACAUUGUCUUAUCGUGCUUACAAUCCUUGACAAGCGGCAUUCAGGACAUCGGGAAACUCCUCCAACGCAUGCAUGAACGAUGCGAUCCUCAGGUGUUCUACCACAAUGUGCGUCCACUCUGCGCAGGCACCAAAGGGAUGGCAGCCGCUGGCUUGCCCCGAGGAGUUUUCUAUGACGAGGGCAACGGCCAGGGCCAGUGGAGACAGUACAGUGGUGGCAGCAACGCGCAGAGCUCGCUGAUUCAGCUUUUCGAUAUCUUCCUCUCCGUCGACCACAAUACCCCCGGGCGUCAAGAACUUUCGCAGGCUGGGUCAGUCGGAGCACGGGUUCGAACGAAGGGAUACCUGCAGGAAAUGCGGGAUUACAUGCCCAGGCCACACCGCGAGUUUCUCUCGGCCUUAGAACAGUCGAGCAAUGUUCGAGACUAUGUAUUGACCUACGCCACUGCACCUGCAGCAUCAACCGAGCUUGUCGCCGCAUACAACGAUGCGGUUGCCGCCCUGGCAAAUCUCCGCAACAUCCACAUCCAGAUCGUGGCUCGUUACAUCGUCAUGCCGUCUCGGAGCCCUCCUGCUCCAUACAUCGUCUCUCGAAAGGGGAAGAACCUAGCAACAGCAUGUUCGAAGAAUCCGGCGGAAGACGCGGAUGGCAAUACGUCCGUGACAAGGCAACUCCACGGCACGGGAGGCACGAGUGUGAUGCCAUUCCUGAAGCGGACUCGCGAUGAGACUGCGGGGACUACGAUACCGACAGACUGCAGUACCUGA